AUGAAAAAGAAAUAAGUCAAAUCAAAAUCUCCAACGCCUGUUAAAUAACAUUCAGCUAUAGACACACCCAGAUUCAAAGAAAAAGCCUCUUAAUAAUCUCAAAUACCUAUAUCUCCUAAAGUUUAAAUAGACUCAGAGUACUUCUCUUUUGGUGGAAUGGAGCCGAUUAAGAAGUAAUCUAAAUCUGUUCAUGAAUUCAACGACAAAGAAAAAAAACUCAAUAAUAGUUUCACAAAUGAUAAACAAGCUUCAGAAUCUAAACCUUAGAAAGUUCAGAUCUUUAAUAAUAACUACUAAAUUAUUAACAUCAAUCAAAUAGAGAAGAAAGAAUCAAUCCGUUCCCUCCAAAGAUAAUUUCAAUAAAUAUUAGAGAAUCAACCACCAAAAAAAUCGACUACACCUAUUAAAUCCAAUUAAUCUAACAGUCCUAUUCAAAUUAGUACUACUAAAGCUUCUGCUUAUCCUUCAGCCAACAAUUACUUUUAAAGAAUCAAAAAACAAGGUUAAUCCACUUUGUUAAGGAAAAAGUUUUGAUUAAUAAAU